AUGGCAGAGCUGCAUUACUCCAAUGGAAGCCUGGCCGACUCGAUGGAGUACAACUUCACUCGUAUAGCGGACGUGAUAUGUAGCUACGAGUAUCCCUAUGAGCCUGUCAGCACCACGUCAAUCGCCAUCAUAUGCAUGUUGGCCGUGUUCAGUGUCGUGGGCUCAAUCGGAAACAUUCUCGUCAUAUAUGUAUAUGCCCAGAGAAAGGACCACCUGACGUCAUCUGUGUUUAUUUUGGCGUUGGCGGGAACUGAUUUCAUCACGUGUCUAAUUGUCAUCCCGUAUACUAUUGUCUCUAUUUACGAAAACUAUGUUCUUCGUUUCGAUGCCGUGUGCAAGUUUUACAAUUUCCUUAUUACGUCCAAUGUGCCCCUGUCAGCCUUCAUCAUGGUAGCCAUUGCAGUAGAUCGCUAUAUCUGUAUCUGUCAUCCGUUCGUCCACAUACUGACUGUCCCGCGGGCUAAGACAACAGUCUCCCUUCUCGGAGCCUUUGCAUGUGUUCUUGGCCUAAUCACCGCUCUGAACUACGACGUGUACCAGACGUUUCCAGAAAUUGCUUUGAACGUUUCAAACGGAUCAACUCUUGAACAGUGUGAACUGAUAUAUACUGGUGUAUGCGUGCCUACCAAUAAGAUCAUACCCCAAUCGUUCCGCGAGGCUUAUCAGAAAGUAUACGCCUCAUUUUUUCUUAUAUCCGUACUGCUAGUCAUUGGUCUUUACUCGGUCAUAUACCGGUCGGUGAUAUCGCGCCGGGCGAAAAGACAGAAACAGAAACGAACAAAACAGUUUUCCACCACCAUGGUCCAGACAGACGAAACGACCCAAAUCACUUCAAUUAAUCAUACUGCAACAUCAACGUCAGGUGCCGUCGACACGAACGUGGAAAUCAAGGAAAAUGGCUCGUGUUCGAAAGUUGUGACACAGAAACUCAACAAUGGCGAGACUGUCCCACUGAAAUCGGCGCCUCCUAAAAACACUCUGAAGGAGAAGAAGGAUCAUGUUCUUCUGGCAAAUAUCAAGAUGGCGAUCAUGCUAUGUAUUGUGACGGUAGUAUUUAUUAUAGCCUUUCUCCCGGCUUGGUUGAUGGCCUUGGAGUGGAUUACGUACCAUGAGUUCGGUUUUUAUAUCUACUUCAUUUACAAUGUGGCAAAUCCGGUUAUAUACGCUUUUAUGAACCCUACGUUCAGGAACGACCUUCUAAAACUGCAAUCAUGUGGUAAUGGAAGGUAA